AUAUUCUUCAAACAUAUUUUAUUCACGGCAAUGAUAUUUCUCCAACCAAUACAACGUGGUACCAAUGUGCUGAUAUUAAGAUCAUUGAUGAACUUACUUCAAAUACUACUUCUAAGACUUCUAGCGCAGUUUCUAUUAAUGCACCGCAC